AGCCUGCUAUAACUGUCUUUUUCUGGCGAUAAAGAGCAUUCGAAAAGGGUGUUGUAUAACAGAUCUCAUCUUUUUUACACUUUGCGUCUCUUCACACUACACAACACGUGGACAACGGUAUAUAAAUAGUCUCGAUUUUCCAAUUUUGUGUAUGUUCAAUUGAUCACUAUGUCGCAACAACAAACCUGUUCUACCUCAAUGAAGGAGAAAUUAUUUAACCUCGCCGUCAGCAAUGUAAUCUCGAAUGCCAUUAACAUUGGGAAUCGCCUAAACUUGUUCAAAACUUUGGCUGAUAUUUCCAGCGAAAAGGGGCCAGUGCUCCCGGAGCAACUUGCCGAAGCGGCAGGCUGCAAAGAGAGGUACAUUCGAGAAUGGUGUAAUUGCAUGGCCUGUGGGCAGAUUAUUGAAGUGAACGAGGAGGAGAAGUUUUGGAUCGCCGCCGAAAAUGUUCAGGAGCUCUCCAAUUCAAGCUUCGAAGCCGUGAUGAACGGAAUGAUGGCCACCUUGUUGGAGCCUCUCGACGAGCUCAUCGACUGCUUCAGGAAAGACGGGCCACUUGGCCUGGAGUACGCGCAAUUCACAAAAUUCCAAUAUUUCAUGGGAACUAUGAGCCAGGCACUUCAUGAGAAGCAUGUGGUAGCAGAUAUGCUUCCGGACAUCGGCAACGGAGUCGUCGAGAAGCUUGAAGCCGGCGGAGUACGAGUCCUGGACGUCGGGUGCGGCGGUGGAUUCCAUUCUUCGCUGCUCGCCGAGCAAUACCCAAAGUCGCAUUUUGUCGGGCUAGACAUUGGAGAAGAUGCCAUCCGGCAGGCGAAACAACGCAAGACUAAAUCAGGAGCGGCUUUCAACAAUCUCGAAUUUAUUGAAUGUGACGCCGGAAAAAUGCCAGAAAUCUGGACGGACUCCUUCGAUUUGGUGCUUAUUUUUGAUGCAUGCCACGAUCAGCGGAGACCAGAUUUGUGCGUCCAAGAAAUCCACCGAGUUCUCAAGCCAAGCGGGAUGUUCGCUAUGGUAGAGGUGCUCGGCUCCAGUAACGUAUACACCGAUAAAGCCGCCAUGGGCCCAUUGGCUGCAAUGAUGUACGGGUGCUCCAUGUUCCAUUGUCUCCCUGUCGGAAGUAACUGCCCAGAUGCUCUGUGUUAUGGUGCAAUGUGGGGGCAGAAACGUGCUACCGACCUGCUUAAAAAAUGCGGAUUCCCUGAUGUGAAGGUUAUUGAUACCCCAUAUUUCCCUAUUAAUGUGAUGUAUUGUGCCCAGAAAAAUUAGGGUACUAUUGAAGCCUUUUAAUAUUUUAAGUCCGCACAAGACCUACUAAAUUAAUUUUGUUUAAUUUUUGUUUGAAAUAAUUAAACUCUUUCAUGGCUGGCUGGGGAAUACAAUUUAUUUUAAAUUUCCAAAAAUUCUCAAUCUUAUGUCAGUUAAAUACAUUUAGAGACCCAAA